CAUUCCGAUAACUGUUCGCGAUUGCAUAUAAUUAAUUCGAUUAAUUUGCGUUUGUACAAUAAUAGGAGAAACUCUAUUGUUAAGAAAAAGCAAACAAUUUGAAAAAUAUUGUAGUUUAAUGUCGUCAAUUUUAAGUAAUAAUGUGUAUUUAGUGGUGACGGGGUAAGGUAGAUAAUUCCGGCUGAAAACAAACUAUUCUUUGGAAUGACAAAUGAACAAACAAUUAACGGACAGGUGAUAGCUUUCCCAGUAGAAAAUGUGAGGAGAGGUAUUGACUCCGUUUGCCUAAAACUUUUCCGAUGGAAUUAGAAAGGAUUUCCAAUUCUCAAUCCUUGAAGAUCUCCUGGAUUAAGCCGACCAAUGUUAUUAAAGGACGAGCAUUGCGAAGGAAAAAAGUUAUACCGAAUAAUCGGAAUAAUGAGCCUUCCACAUCAGCUGUGCGAAAGGUUGCCGAACCAAGUCCUGUUACAUCAGUAGGUUUUAAAAACUUCCCUAAGCCUACGUCAGUUCAUAUAAAACGCAAACACAAAAAGGAUAAACAGAAAUCGUCACACCAGUCUGAUGCAGACAGUGUUAAACAACAUGCGGUGGAAAAAGAACCGCAAACUUACAUUAUGAAAGAAAGUGUCUCUGAGAGAGUGUUUACAGAAUCUGGUAAGAAAUUCGGUGAUCUUGAUAUUCAUAGACACUUAGUUUCAAACUUGGAGAAGAUUAAUUUCACAACAUUAACAACAGUACAGGAAAAAGUCAUUCCAAUUCUUCUAUCUGGGAAGGAUAUGCUGGUGCGUUCGCAAACUGGCUCUGGAAAAACCCUAGCAUACGCUGUUCCGAUUAUUGACGCUUUGCAAAGUUUGACACCACGAUUAAAAAGGACAGAUGGGGUGCAGGUAAUGGUAGUGGUUCCCACAAGAGAACUAGCGUUACAAACUCACGAAUUGUUUAAAUCGAUUAAUACGUUCCAAUGGAUUGUUACUAGCCAUUUGUGCGGUGGUGAAAGUCGAAAGUCUGAAAAGGAUCGUCUGAGGAAAGGUGUACAUGUUUUGAUCGGCACACCUGGACGAUUACUAGAUCAUAUGUUCCACACCUCUGCAUUGAAAGUAAACAGUGUUCGGUGCUUGAUACUCGAUGAAGCCGAUCAAUUACUUGAUAUGGGCUUCAGAAGAGAUAUUGAUAGUUUGGUUGAAGAGUUAAACAAAUCCAAGGCACAAGAAGAGUAUCAACCCCUCGACAUCUUAAAGCACGGCCAUAGAGCAGAGGAUGUGGAAGAAACAGAGGGGUUUUCAUUGAAAAAUCCCAACAGCAAAAAUCGACAGACAAUCUUACUGUCUGCCUCUUUGUCACAAGACGUAAAGGAGCUCGCCGAGUUUGUUUUGCGAGAACAUACCUUUGUAGAUGCGUUGGAUGGUAGUGAAAGUGGGGAAAGUUUAGUUAUACCAGACACUAUCAAACAUUUUUUCAUCAUGUCCGGAAUAAAAAAUCGACUUGUUUUACUUUCCGCGAUGAUAGCCGCGAAAUCAAAGCAAAACUCAAAAAUUUUUAUUUUCAUGGCUAGCACACAAAUGGUGGAAUUUCAUUAUGAACUUUUUACAAAUUUUUUGCAAAAAGUGUCUGUGAAUAGUGAUAAUGUUAUACUGGAUGGUGUGGGUAGUGAUGAUGAUAGUGAUUUAGAGGGUGUACUGGACACAAAGUUUUUUAAAUUGCAUGGGUCAAUGGAUCAAAAAAUGAGGAAGCAAGUGUUUACAGAAUUUCGAGCUGCUAAAUCUGGAGUACUCCUCUGUACAGACGUUGCCGCCCGAGGAAUCGAUGUACCCGCCGCCGAUUGCGUUAUCCAAUAUACAGGUCCUCAAACCGACAAGGACUACCUGCACAGGGUUGGAAGAACGGGACGUGUUGGAAAAUCGGGCACCGCGAUCAUCUUCCUUACACCUGAAGAGGAGGAAUACAUACCUAAGCUAGGAGCAUUGGGCGUACAGUUGAAAAGGCUGCAUGCUGUUGACUUUUUAAAUUGUCUCUGCGAAAUAAUGAGCGAGCCGGAUUAUGAGAAAGCGGGAAGGGCACUUCAGCAGCACUACGAGAAUGCGAUAAAUGAGAAUAAGAAUUUACGAUAUACGGCUUGUAUGGCGUAUUCGACGUGGUCACGCUUCUAUAACAGCUACCCGUCAAAAAUGCGCGCCAUUUUCGAUUUCAAAAGAAUUAAUCUGGGCCAUUACGCGACGAGCUUUGGAUUGCGCUAUACGCCAUCGGAAAUUGGGAAAAUCGUGCGAGGACAAGUGGAAAACAUCGAAUCCCCGCGAUUAAAUCAAAAGCUCUCCAAUUACACGGACGGUGCUCAAGAGAAAAAGAAAAAAGUGAAGCGCGCCAUUGGGAACAUCUCAGAGUUUGACAGCGGGUUACAACCAUUAAAGAAAAAGAAGAAAAAGAGUUAAAUUAUACCUUUAUCGUAUACGAAAAAAUGUAAUUGCAGUUAAACAAUAUUCAUGCUAUUUUUGUUAUUUUUAUGUUGUCCAAUAAAUUAAAUCUACUGUUGUAA